GACAUCAUGGAUCUAAUGUUAUCACAUCAAGUAAUAGUACCUAUUGGGCUCUAAUGCCAAGUAUUGCAUCACGUCAUGUGCCCUAGAUGCAUGGUGGUCAUUUUCCUUUUCCUAUGAUUCGUUUGAUUGAGUAUAUGUAUAAUCUAUUUCAUGAGCCUUUCUUUUUCUGUUUCGGUCACAGGGACCCUAAAAGGAUAUGACCAGCUACUAAAUCUUGUCCUGGACGAAGCUGUAGAGUUUCUUCGAGACCAGGAUGAUCCAUUGAAGACUACUGAUCAGACUAGGCGUCUACAGUUUUUUGUUUGUAGGGGCACAGCGGUUAUGGUGGUCUCACCAACCGAUGAGAUUGACAAUCCUUUCAUCCAGCCAGAUGGAGCCUGA